AUGUCAAUCAGAAAUAUAAAUUUGUUCUCGGAAAAAAUCAUUAUAUGGGACAUGAUAUCAAUUCUUAUAUUCGUAUAUCAAAAAUGUAAGAUGUUCUCCAUACCUCUGCAAACUCUCAAUUACGGUGAAAUUUAUUUUUCUCUAUUAUCAACGAUCGUUUCUAUAUUCUAUGUCUACGAAUACUUUAAACACAGAUACGAGAAAGCUACUUUUGGUAAAAAGUAUCUAACAUCAGAUAACAAGAUAUUUAAUAUUUUCAACUCAACUCUCAGUUUAAUCAACUCGACACUAUCAUAUUUAGAUAUCUUUGAGCGAAAAUAG